AUGAAAUUAUGUUCUGUCUUGGGUGCAUGUCUAUUAAUGGCGGUUUUAUUGGCGCAGUCCGUCUAUCUCAACUUUAUUCACUCGUCGAUGCGUUUUAACAAGAGUCUGUGCGUUCCAAUGCAUCUCCGUUAUCGGGAGCACGCACUUAUGGUGACGUUUGAAAACAAAAAGUACUAUCGCAAACGCGAGGAGACGCAUCGCGUCGCAGUUGCCAAACAGUCACUGUUUGCCGUUUGUUGUUGCCAGUCGCGAACGCUGCCCAACCAAUGCCCGCCGAGAAAU